CAACGCGUUGCUCACAUGACAGCUAGAAACAACAAUGCUCGCCUCGCCGGUCGAUAUAAAGGUAUUUAAAUGCUAGGUUACAUGUUUCAAUCACUUUUACCUUCACGCCUUCUUUACCGUCUUUGGUUCAAAACUUAUUUACAAGUUUCCAGCACAGUAAAGAGACAAACAUCACCUCUCCACCCGGCUGUGCAGUGGAUCCAUUCUCAGCCUCAUUCCUGUGCUCGUCCAGCAGGACCUGGGGAGAACUAUGGCUUGGUGACAUCAUUUCACUUAAUAUCCGAGUGCCAUGCCGUCACCAAAUGGCUACUCCAUCAACUCGGCCUCUGUGGACGAGAGCGAGGACAGUGAACCCCUCAUCGGGAACGAUGCAAUGUUUGAGGUGGUUCUCACAGCGACCCACUGUCCAGACCACGCGCACAACCCUUGUACUCUUUGUGGACAGUCCAUCCCCAGUGCUGCUCGGCUCGCCUCAACCUGGCUUUCCUGAUGUUCCUUGGGUUCUCCGUGGUCUACGGCCUCCGUGUAAACCUCAGCGUUGCCAUGGUAGCCAUGGUGAAUACCACUGAAACCGAACCAGCCCAGAACACCUCGGUAAUCGGUGCCUGUCCAGCGCCAGCUGGGUCGGAAAACACCAGUGACCCCUUCCUGCAGCCCGCGGGGAUCCCCCAGUAUCCGUGGGACUCUGAGACUCAGGGCUGGCUGCAGGGGGCCUUCUUCUUUGGCUACCUGUUCACACAGAUCCCGGCUGGCUACCUGUCCGGUCACUACGGGGGGAGUGUCUUCAUGGGUUUGGGCGUGCUGGGCACCGCUGCACUCACCUUGCUCACCCCCCUGGCCUCCAGCAUGGGUGCAUACUGGCUGUUUGCUCUGCGAGCGUUGGAGGGCUUUGGGGAGGGCGUCACGUUCCCCGCCAUGAUGUCGCUGUGGGCUCGAUGGUCUCCCCCCCUGGAGCGCUCUCGCCUCAUGACGCUGUCGGGAUCUGGAGCCAGCUUUGGCGCCUUUGUGGCUCUGCCGCUCACCGGCUACAUCUGCCAGACACUGGGCUGGCCCGCUGUCUUUUACAUCUGUGGUGGUUCCGGUUGUCUGUGGUCGGUGUUUUGGUUUGCGUUCGCGUCAGAUGACCCUCGCACCAACCGGCGAAUCAGCAAAGAGGAGAGAGAUUACAUCAUAAACUCCAUCGGAUCACAGGGAACAGGCCAUGGCUGGUCGGUGCCUGUGCUGCCCAUGCUGCUGUCGGUCCCUCUGUGGUCCAUCAUCAUCACCCAGAUGUGCUCUAACUGGUCCUACUACACCCUGCUCACCUCCCUGCCCACGUACAUGAACGACAUCAUGCACUUUGACAUCAAAUCAAACGGGUUCCUCUCCGCUGUGCCGUAUCUUGGGGCCUUGUUGUUCUCGACGCUGUCUGGUGUCGCGGCAGACAGCCUCAUCGAGAGGAAGGUGUUCAGCAUCUCCGUCGUACGGAAGCUCUUCACACUCAUAGGUCUGUUGUCCGGGGCAGCGUUCCUCGUGGCUGUGAGUUACGCCGGCUGCAGCCACAUCCUCACCGUCACCUUCCUCACACUCUCCGCAACCAUAGGAGCAAUCACUGCCGCCGGAGUCUACAUGAACCAAAUAGAUAUCGCUCCACGGUAUGCAGGACUCCUUCUAGGAAUCACCAACACAUUCGGGACCAUUCCUGGAGUUGUUGCACCCAUCGCUACAGGAUACUUUACGGAGGACCGCACCAUGGCAGGCUGGAGAAAGGUGUUCUGGGUGGCUGCCGGGAUCAACGUCGUCGGUGCUAUCAUCUUCACCAUAUUCAGCAGUGGGAAGAUCCAGAAGUGGGCCGUCGUCGAGGACGACGGAGCGGAAGCCGAGAAAGACAGAAGCCAUUCCAACUCCACGUGAAAACGUGGAUAUUCAGACAAAGACAUCCGACAAGGUCCGAAAUAUUUGAACAUGAAUACUACCUCUUUAAAAUCUAUAAAUCCUGAAACACACUUAUCAAAUAUUAUGAGUGUGAGAGGUGUACAAACGGUAUCAGCCAAGAAUAGCAUGAUCAGGAAUAAUUUGAAUCUUAGUUUAUUUAUCAAUAAUACUUUGGAAGGUUUAUACUCAGGUACACAUUUGAAAAGAUUUUUACAAUAAUUCUAGCAAAGAGAUGAGUUUUAUACAUUGAAAUGUAUUCACAUUCUUAUAUUGGAAAAAAAACUAUACUGGACUGUAUUUACUAAUCAGAAGCUUUUUAUAGAAGCUUACAGGAGCAUAAAUUAAGGUUGAACCUUUUGUGUCAGACAAAUAUUCUAAAGUUGUAUUUUGCAAAACAAUACAUGGAACAUAAGCACAUGGAGCACUUUCGGUUGGAUCAAAACAAAUCCAUUUUUAAAACCUUUUCUUGCACUGUGAGCAAGAUGUGUGUAUUUUAAGGACCAACGCACAGGAGCGGUAUUAACGCCUUUACCUUUAGCUGCUUUGUUUACAGCUGUGACUGUUUCCUCAACCCUACUAGACUGUCCAUGAGGACACAGAGAGGCACUUUCAUCACAGAAAAAUACAUAGUUAUACUGAAUAGACUUUAUAAUGUUUCUUUAGUCUUCAGAAAAUCAAAGCACCUUUUGCCAAGAAUGUAAUGUGUUUUACUAAAAGUGAUUUCCUUUCAAGAUACUGUGGUAUUGCAGUGUUUUUAAUUCCUUAAAGGUUUAUUCAACCUCAAUUAUUGGUAUUUCUUUUUAAAUAGUAUUUAGUAGUAGUAGUAGUUAGUAGUACUUACUUUUUAAAUAGUAAACUGUUUUUUGCCUUCUUUCUGUUGCACUGCGGUUGUAAAGAUACAAUGUUUUUAAACACAAUGUGUUUUCCUACGCUGUGUUUUGCAAAUCUGAGACUGAACCAAAUAUGUAAACUGUGUCUAUUGUGUGAAGAAUCACGGAGCAAAACUAAAAGAUCUGAGUGGAGUCUGUGUUUUGAAAUGAUAUUGAAAUUAUAGAUGUUCCCGUUCUCACUAAACUAA